UCGGCAGUACGACUUCGCCUUCGAGCCUUGGGAGUGCUGCUUUUAGUCUUACCGCAAACUGAAUGUUUAUAAUAUCACCCAAAAAUCUGUUAUAGUUGUUUAAAAACCAAUUUCUCAAGUGGAAAUAAAUAUUUUAUGAACCCAAAAAAUACAAACGGUUUUUUAAAACAAGCAUUUGAGAGAUUCGCAACCUAAUGAGAAUGAUCGAAUGAAGGGGAACCUGAUAAGUAACCAAUUCUACCAGAAUUGAAAUCAGUAGCAUUUCUGAAACCCCUGUAGUUCUAAUAAAUCAGUUGUCUGGAAUCGUGGCUCGCUUAUAUUGCCUGUAGGCCUGAUGACGCGGAGGUCAAUGAACGGCGGUCGAGACUUUAUCACUUAUUUGUGCACGAGCUCUUUCCAACUCAGUGUCUAAUUACAAGACGAAGUUAACAAGGAAAUAUCUCUUUAGAAUCACGAACCGAUCUAAGUUGAAACACCAUUAAAUAGCUGAAAAAAUUGAAUGGUCACUUCAUCCUAUCAUGGGACAUCUCAGCAGUACACAUCCACGACUUCGCGCGCGGGAAUCGAACCCAGGACCUCAUGUUUCGCGUGUGAACGCCUAAUUUCUAAACCACUGAACCAGUGUCAAACGGUGUUAGUGACUAGCGAGAAGCCAUGACCGGUGGAGCUAAUCCGUGUCGAGUGUCAGGCAAUUAUUUGCUGGAGACAGUGAAAAAUGGUUGCAUUGUUUCGUGAAUUGUCUGAAAUUAGACAGCAACAUCAAUGGAUGUCAGCUCAGUGGUUUAGCAGUUAGGCGUUUGCACACGAGAUCUAAGAUCCUGGUUCCGAUUCCUGUGUGCCAGGUCGGAUGUGCACUGCCGAAGAAUCCCAUGCUAGAACGGAGCGGCCAUCCAAUGCUCCAGGGUUUUCAGUGAUGGCCUAAUACUGGUCUGUUGAUGAGUCCCUUUAAGUACGACGAUCUUUGUAACCGCAUACUGAAAGUAUCCCAAUUCUCCAUUCCUCAUGACUCAUACAAUGAUAUACCUGAUCGCACAACAGCAAAAACAGGAAACUACUAUAUAUUCAUAGUUCAUCCAUAAGUAUUACAAAAACAGAGGGAUAGGAAAAUAAUCGCUGAUAAGUUUGGAACAUUAAGAUGUAUAACAACAGUUUGCUGGUCAAACGAAAGCUUACAAAUAGAAGAAUAUAAGGAUACAAAAAUCCAAGCAACGUAUUGUUAUACAAUAAAAGUAUAAACAGUAAUCUCCCGUAGGAUAGUUCUGAAAGUUCAUCCGUUCCCAAACGCUCUUUACUGUCUAAUUGGUUGAAACAACACAUCAUAUACGCAGGCAUGGGAUGGCUUUAAUUUUAUUGGAGAUCUUUGAUGUUAUUUCCUAUCUAUUUGUUUCUUAUUUGGUUAUCUCUUCCGGACAUAUGAUGUAAGCUAACAGUCUAGAAGUGAUUGAGAACAAAUGUGUACUCUAGUAAUUGUUGCAAGUUUUGUGUAGGCCCACUUUAACGAAGAAAACGAUAAUUACUUCAUUCCAAGACGAACGGAUUGUCAAGAUCAAUACUAAAGUAGUAGUAGUACCACUGAUAGAAAAAAGAGUAAAGAUCGAGAAUAUAAUUCAAAAAGAAAAAGAUAACUAGGGGAAUAGAAGAUAAGAAGCAUUCUUAUAACUCAUUAUCUAGGGAAAUAAAUUUGUGCCAUUGUGAUCUAUUUGAAGCCAUCUAUUACAAUGGAUCCAACUAUUGGUGAUGGUAAUCGUGUGGACCCCAACCAGGUGGUCUCGAUCUGCCAACAUGGUUGAUACCAACAGUCAGUGACUGUAUAAACUAAUACCACAUCCGCGUUUGGUUGCCCCUAGUUUUCUACUGACCUACUUCUAUACGUGCUGACAACUGUCUUGGUAGGUGGUAGUUGGAUACAUAUAAUACAUAUCCCAACCACAGUCUACGAAAAUUUUACCAUUUUUGUCUAGUACCCUGCAUUUAACCUCAACACGCUCACUCAAUCGUCCCAAUGUGCGUGAGCUAUGGGUUGAAGGCAAGCACGGUCAAAUAAUAGUAGCCUACGAAUAUCCUGUAUUCUUAAAGGAAACGCCUCAAAGCCACACAGUACACUCAUCUUUUAUUUGACAGACGGACAUCUUCCAAAACGAAUAAAGUAGUUGACACACUCAGCUACUCCCUCGGGGAAAAAGGUAGCUGCAUAAGAUUGAUAGAAAUCCUAUUGUUGCCUUCUAUUGCAGUUUUAAUAAAAAUGGGAUAAACCCUAAUUAAACGAAAUUUAUCUCGUUUAUAUUUUCAACUAAAAUUGUUUUAUUAAAAAUCCUCACCCUCUUAUAUUUAUUCACAACAUUGUCACUGUAUUCUUUUGUUGUGUUCUGAGCUGAAUGGUUUACUCGUAAGGUUUUUGUUGUUUCCUGUUUAUAUUCCGUGUUUUUGAUGUUGUUUAGGAAGAUAAAUGGAGCUUCGAAAUUAAACCAUCCAUCUCGAGGAGCACAACGUUACUAAAAUAAAAUAAAUAGAUGUUUCUUUCCGUAUGUUCCUGUUUUUACAUUUGAUGUGGUAUUGCUCUCUUAUUUUGAAGUACAGAAGCUUCAAUCGGUGUUCUGUUUUACUGUCUUGGUUUUCUCAGAUUCUUUGGAUAAGGACAGAGAGUAACCUCGAAUUGGCCCGUCUUGUGCAAGUGAAGUUAGAUACCUAUAAGAGCGACAACCCGAUUUUGGGUCAGGGCUCACACAAAGAUCAGAGUCUUUUGUUAAUUGUUGAUCGAAGUUUGGAUCCCAUUACUCCUCUUUUGCAUGAAUUGACAUUACAGGCUAUGUGCUAUGAUUUGCUCACUGUGGAGGAAAACACAAUUGAGUAUAGUGGAAAUCGCAAGGCAAAUGUUGCUGACGGAGAUGCACUGUGGAAAGAAUUUCGACAUCAGCAUGUUGCAGAUGUCACGAGAGCACUCCCCCAACGUGUUCGUGAAUUUGCUGAAAGUAAAAAACAAUUUGUUGAAUUUGAAGAAGCUAAUAUUGAUAAUGUUCCAUCAAAAGAGGAUACAAAUAAAAAUGUUGAUAUAAGAGAUUUAUCUGAUCUUAUCAAACGUAUGCCACAAUAUCAAACAGAAUCGGCUAGUUAUGCAGCUGCUUAUCAUAUCGUUGAAACUUGUAUGGCUACAUUCAAAAAAGGUGUUGAUAAACUAUGUGAAAUUGAACAAGAUCUUGUGAUGGGUGAGAAUGCAAAAGGAGAACCUAUAACGGAUCCUAUGCGUGUAUUGGUUGAUAUUUUCAAAUACGAUUUUACAUCAGUGGAAGAACGUUUACGUCUUUUACUUAUCUUUACUCUUAUAAAAGAAGGAUUCGCAGAAACACAUUUAGAUAAAUUGUUGGAUUGUGCUCAAGUUGCUCGUUCGUUCAAACCACUAUUUGCAAGUCUUUCAUUUAUUAUGAAUGCUCAAUUAAUUCAAUCUGAUCCCGUCACUAUAUUGUUACCUAAUCAAACAAAUGUUCCACAAUAUCAGUUGGGUAGAUGUGUAUCUCUUCUGCGUUUACCACCAGUUCCAAGAGUUAGCCAAUUAAUACAAACAUACCUUCCAAUAAAAAAGAAACGUAGAGAUCGUGUUAAUGCUAGUUCAUAUGCAUUAUCACGAUGGACACCGUAUAUUUUAGAUAUUAUGGAACAAGCUAUUUCGGGUAAACUGGACAAAUCACGUUUCGGAUUCGUUGUAGCAAAAGGCAUCAAAGAUGUGUUUGGUCUCGGUAAUGCAGUGGAUACUAGUUCCAAGGAUUUUAAAAAGCCUUCCGCACGGUUUCAUGCCAGCGGUGUUUUGUCUGCAGGUCCUUCAGCAUCUGUUAGGUCAUCUAGUCCAAAUCCUGGUUCAGAUCGGAAUACAGCUGCUUCUUCUAUGGCUGAACACUGUGGUCCUCGUCUUAUUGUCUUUGUUGUUGGAGGUUUCACGUUAUCAGAAGCCAGAGUGGGUUACCAGUUAACUCAAAAAGUGAGUUUCUUUUAUCUGAAUUGAAACAUCUUUACCACUUAUAAUUACUAUGUAUUUAUUUUAAACGAGGUAAUACAAUUUUAACUGUUUCAUAAGUUUCAAAGAAACAAUAGUUCGACGACUUCUCAUUAACUGUAAAUUCUUGAUCCACUUGAGGAGUAAAAAAGGGCAUGUGAAAUAGUUCAUAUCCGAAUCUUAAUGGCUUUUUCUUAGUCCCCUAAAGGAAUAACUAAUCCAGAAGGUACUUGACUAUGCAGAAAAAU